UUUAAUGGUUCAAUGAGUCUGUUUCAUAAUGAAAGAAUUUGCCUGAAAGGAUCUUGGAGUGUUUUGAGUAUGUCCUCUUGAAGAACUGACAUGGAGGAAAUACCCCAAUUUCUUCAGUCUAAAAUGUUUCGGAAUGGUUCAACUAACUCCUCAGAGAGCGAAAAUGAAGCUCAGUCAGCCUUUUCACAGACUGAGCACAAUAUAGUCGCAGCUUACUUAAUAACAGCAGGGGUGAUAAGCCUUCUCAGUAACAUAAUUGUGUUAGGCAUCUUUGUUAAGUACAAGGAACUUCGGACAGCAACAAAUGCUAUUAUUAUUAACCUGGCUUUUACCGACAUCGGUGUUAGUGGCAUUGGUUACCCUAUGUCUGCUGCUUCAGAUCUACAUGGAAGCUGGAAAUUUGGGUACACCGGAUGCCAGAUCUAUGCUGCCUUAAAUAUCUUCUUUGGAAUGGCAAGUAUCGGGUUGCUUACAGUUGUUGCAAUUGAUCGUUACCUGACAAUCUGCAGGCCUGAUAUAGGAAGAAGAAUGACUACCCGCAACUAUACUUCCCUGAUCCUAGCUGCCUGGAUAAAUGCUGUCUUUUGGGCCUUGAUGCCUAUUGUAGGGUGGGCUAGCUAUGCCUCAGAUCCAACAGGAGCCACCUGCACAAUAAACUGGCGGAAAAAUGAUGCGUCUUUUGUUUCUUAUACAAUGACCGUAAUUGCUGUUAAUUUUGUCGUGCCCUUAACAGUCAUGUUUUACUGUUACUACAAUGUUUCCCGCACAAUGAAGCAGUACACUACCAGUAACUGCCUGGAGAGCAUCAACAUAGACUGGUCUGAUCAAGUAGAUGUAACAAAGAUGUCUGUUGUGAUGAUUGUGAUGUUUUUGGUGGCUUGGUCUCCAUAUUCCAUUGUAUGCUUAUGGUCUUCCUUUGGAGACCCAAAGAAGAUUUCCCCUGCAAUGGCCAUCAUAGCACCUCUAUUUGCAAAAUCUUCCACUUUCUAUAACCCCUGUAUUUAUGUCAUUGCAAACAAAAAGUUCCGGAGAGCAAUCCUGGCAAUGGUUCGAUGUCAAACUCGGCAGGAGAUCACUAUUAAUAACGCCUUACCAAUGAGUGUUUCUCAAAGCAUGCUAACAUAAUGAGGCUGCUCGAAAGCACUGCCACUUUAUUUACCCUACAGUAUAUGUUUUGUACACUACAUGGAAAUACGUGGUCAAACCUGGGCCACAAUUAAAUUUGUAUCACACUGUAAUAAUCCAGUCCAACAAGCCAGUUGUUUUUCUCAUUGUCUCAAUAAUAUUUAAUACAGUUUUUUUUUAAAUGCCAAGAUUUUAGUACUGAAGACUAGGCCAAUUGGCAUAAUAUGCUUAUCCCUCUCAAAAGGCGAUCGUGAAUGCUCAGUGUGUUUUGUAACUCUUGGAUAGUGGGAUAAAAUGGUGUGGGAGGGAGAAUAAAGCAGGACAUGCUUAAUUGUGCUACAGUAACAGAAAUAAAUUUUGUGUAUGCAUAAUUCUUUUGGUAUGUGUAAUUUCCCCCUUUGAACUCUAAACCAGUUCUCAAAACUUCAGGCACAGUAUUACUGUAUCCUCCAUUCCCCUCCAUGUCUUAAAUGCACAGAUUGAUCUGACCUGAAAAGGUUGCUUCUGUGAGUACUGUAGUAUGCAGGUGUAUUUAAACUCCAGUGUUGCCAACUCUCUUUAUUAUCAGUUUUGUGAUAUUUUGGUGUUUUUCUGGCUCCUGGAGCCAAGUGAUUAUGUGAGAAUCUCAACUUUCAUUUUUAAAAUAGUAAGAUUCUAACCUUUGUGACUGAAGA